AUGUCGUACUACUGCAGCAACGGCAACUACUACAGCCGGUACCCGUGCAACCGAGGUCUUGGCUAUGGCUCGCGCAUCGGCAUUGGUGUUGCGAUCGCGGUGGGUGUUCUUCUGCUCGUGAUCCUCUUCUCGCUGCUGGCCCGUAAGCGCAGGAGACGCUUCGCGCAGCAGAACGCAUCCACCAUCCCCAUGUACCAGAACAACCAGACCUCAAACUAUGGGCAAGGCUAUGGCGGAGGGUAUCAACCGAGUCCGUACGGCCAACAGCCGAAUACGUAUACGCAGCACUCGUACGGUCAGCAGGGACAGGCGUACGGGCCUCCCGCCGGCGCACCACCCGCGAGGGAGAACGACGACGGCGCCCUGUACGCUCCCCCUCCCGGCGCCCCGCCCCCGGCGUACGUGCCUGGUAACGAAAGGAAGGCUGCUGAGUCCGCCAACGUCUAA